CCAUCACUCGCCUCUCUCGGCCUACAUACCUAUUAAACCAUCGUGGGCUUACACUACUAUCAUAACCGUACUCCUUAUUCUUUAUCGACCAAUCUCAUAACAAUAUCCUCAUGUCUUCCGCUGCUGGUGGUAAAUCUGGUGGAAAGGCCGGGGGUAAGGCUGGUGGCAAGGCUGGCGCUUCAACUGCCGACGCCAAGAACUUGUCUCGCUCUUCCAAAGCCGGUCUCCAGUUCCCUGUUGGUCGUAUUCAUCGGUUGUUGAAGAGGGGUAACUAUGCUCAGCGUAUUGGAGCUGGUGCACCUGUGUACUUGGCCGCCGUCCUCGAAUAUCUUGCUGCCGAGUUGCUGGAGCUUGCCGGUAACGCUGCUCGUGACAACAAGAAGGCCCGUAUCGUUCCCCGCCAUUUGCAGCUCGCUAUCCGUAACGAUGAGGAAUUGACCAAGCUCCUGGGACACGUCAUUGUCGCCGACGGUGGUGUUGUUCCGCACAUCAUGCCUGAACUGCUUCCUACGAAGACGAAGUCGAAGAAGGGUGCUGAGCCUUCUCAGGAUCUGUAGACUAGUCUUUCUCGGGCACGCCAGCAGGGCCGUCGAGCCUGCCUCUAUGCGUGAUGGUUGUACCUGUACUCUCUUACCCCUUACAUCCUUACUACAUCAAUACAUGUAUAAAUGCAAGUAAUCUUAU